GCGAUGCGGGCCGCCUGGGUGCUGCUGGCGGCGCUGGGCGCCCUGGCCGCCUAUUACAUCUACCUGCCGCUGCCCGGCACCGUGUCGGACUCGUGGAAGCUGAUGCUGCUGGAUGCCACUUUCCGGGCGGUGCAGCAGACGUGUCACUUGAUUCACUAUCUGAGACUCAGCCAUCACUUGAUAGUUCUGAAUUAUUUGAUUUGUACAUUUGACAAGCUGAAGUCUGUCUCUUCUGAGCCCAUUAACAUAACGGAUGUUGUUUUUGAUGGUGUGGAAGUCAGAGUGUUUGAACCUCCUGCAAAGCAAGAUGAACCGCUGAAGCGCAGUGUUGUUUACAUCCACGGAGGCGGCUGGGCCUUGGCAAGUGCAAGAACGAGCCUUUAUAACAACCUCUGCAGAAUCAUGGCUGAAUCUCUCAAUGCUGUAGUUGUCUCAAUUGAAUACAGGCUGGUACCAGAGGUGUGCUUUCCUGAGCAAUUCCACGAUGCUCUUCGUGCUACAAAGCAUUUUUUGCAGCCUGGUGUCUUAGCUGACUAUUCAGUUGACCCAAAUCGAAUUGCAAUUUCUGGCGACAGCGCAGGAGGAAAUUUGGCUGCUGCUGUGUGUCAGCAGCUUAGCAAAGAUGAGCAUUUGAUCAUCAGACCAAAACUGCAGGCAUUAAUUUACCCAGUCCUUCAGGCAUUUGACUUCAAUACACCUUCAUAUCAGCAGAACAUGAAUAUGCCCGUUCUUCCUCGUUAUGUCAUGAUUAACUACUGGAUAGACUAUUUCAAUGGUAAUUAUGACUUGGCUCACUCACUGCUGAUUAACAACCACACUGCUCUUGAUGUGCAUCAAGCUCUGACUUUCAGAGGACGUCUGAAUUGGACAUCCCUACUGCCCUCAUCAUUCAAAAAGAACUACAAGCCUGUAGUACAAACCACAGGCAAUGCAGAAAUAAUCCAGGAGAUACCAGCGCUGCUUGACGUGCGAGCAGUCCCACUGCUUGCAGAAAAUGAGACUUUGCAGCUGCAGCCUAAGACUUAUAUUCUGACUUGUGAGAACGAUGUCCUGAGAGAUGACGGGGUGAUGUAUGCCAAGCGGCUGGAGAACGCUGGUGUGGAAGUCACACUCGAUCACUUUGAUGACUGCUUUCAUGGCUGUAUGAUAUUCACGAUUUGGCCUACUGAUUUCUCUGCAGGAAUUCAGACCAGAAACAGCUAUAUAAAGUGGUUGGAUGAAAACCUCUGAGGAGAGAGCUUCUCUAGAAGACACUGUGCUCAGCUCUGGUGUCUGUUCUUGUAAAAGAACAAUCAGUGAAAAAGUGCACUUUUCCAAAUUAUGAUUUCAUCCAUUCAGCUGCAGCAGGGGGGUGGCUGCAGAGCACAGACCACUAACUGUAGCGUUCACCUGCUCAAUUGGCCUUGCCCAGCAAAAUACUUUGUGACGUGUUUUUCAGACUUCAGGAUCUUUUUUUCCUUUCAGAUGACUUGCCAGCCAUAAAUGUUGAGCAAGAAGAUCAGCAUUCCUGUCACAUUCUUAACUAGCUAAAACUUUUGAGCUUUCUCUCUUCAUUAGGCAUAAAGGCCACAACUCUAGAAAGGAGCCAGGUAAAGCCAAGCACCUACAUCUACAUCUGAAUAUGUAUAAAAAGGGAGAACUAAUUUUCAGCAGUGUUGAGCACUUGCUGAUAGAGAAGAAAAGCUGAGCCCUCUCACUUUUGUCAGCAGAGAAGCACAUUUGAAUAUCAGGAAUGGAUUUAGGUGUUGGCUUUUAGGCGCACAGAGAAAUGGUUCUUAAAUUAAAAAUAAUAAAAAUCGCUUUUCUGGGCAGUAAAGAUUAUGUUAAGCAAGUCUCGUAGCUGAACACAUAAUUCAGCUUUGGAAUUCGAUCUUUAUGGACUUUCAGUGGCUUAUAUUUUGUAAAAGCACAGAACAGAAUAUAUUUUCAGUAUUUUAAAUUAAAAAACGUUAUAUCAUAUAUGGAAAUAUGAAGAACAAUGUGUGUAGCUGCAGAAUCUAGGUUGAUUAUGUGAGCCUCAAAGCUUACUACUUGGCUAAGAAUAUGACACUGACAGUCUUGAAAGCCUCAGUUUUGUGACCUCCUUACAGAAAAUACUGAGUGUGCUAAAAAUAAUCUGCUGUGUGGUUUGCACUAAUGUUUGUAAUUAAUAGUGGAAGUCUGUGUUCAUUGACUUUCUUUUGUGCUAGUAGCAUUUAUUGUAUUUCAUGCUUCCUGUAAGGAAAGAAACAGCAAACAGAAGUGGGCUCUAAUCUGUACUAGAGACUUAGAUUGGAACUUCGCUGCUAUACCUCUUCUGUCUAGUAGACUGAACCUGAAGUGCUAGCUAAGAUGAUCUAGCCAUUGUGUAGCACAUCUCUGCAGUUUGAACCAUUCUUUAAUAUUCAGAGAUGCAGAACAGCAAAGUGAAACCACUUAUAACUGUGUCUAUCUUCCAGGAUGUUUACUGCUUGCAGAAAUGAAGGCUGUAUCAAAAUGUUGUGCCCGCUGUAUCUAGGCAGAGAGAAUGGCUGUCCCGUGACUAAACUAGGGGAUUAAAUUCAUUGUCGGCUUUACUGCUGACUUCCUGUAGGAACCCAAGAGAACAACUUAAUCUCCUUGUGCCUCACUUUCUUCCCCUGCGAAACAGGGAGUAGUCAUUGCCUACCUCACAAAGGAGUUGUGAAGCCGAAUUCAUAGACAUUAGUGAAGCACAGGGAUACAUCACCGAAUCGCAGGCACUGAACAAACCCCUCAGCUUUUAACUGUCUGUCAUUCUUCAGCAGCUGCCUCAGAGCACUCUGCCCCACUGCAGGCAGCGCUGUUGGACUGCCUGUCCUCCUAGGAGGGGAACCAAUUUCUGUCCUGCCUUGUGUGAAAGACCAGGAAGCUGAGGGCUCUUGCCUGUUGGGGAAUCAGAACAAAAACAACGUCCUGAGAUUAUUUCUGAAAAGUUCUUCUAAGAAAAAAAGAAAAAAGAAAAAUGAAAAGCCUGGUAAAUCAAGCCGCCUCCUGUGAUUUAAGAUACAUACAGAACAGUCUGCUUUCACUGAUGUAUGACUUAAAUAGGAGGAUGACUUUACUCAAUCAGUGCAUCCUAAAAACACCACGUUGUUAAGUUGCUGUAUGUAUUAAGCUGCUAAUGAGACAAGGCCUCAAUGUAGACUCAGUCAUGCAGGCUGAACUAAUUUCUGAGCAUAGGUUCAUGUGGAGGUCACAAGCCAAAGCUGUUUCAACAGUGGCCCGGAUUCUUUGUCAAGCUAGAUUGUUACAAGGCUUGGUGGAAUUAGAGCAGCCAAGUGACAUUUCAAAUCAGAAUAAACUUUGGCCUGCAUAUCCCCUUAACACUGCAGAAGUAUUGAGGUUUUUUUUAUAGAUUUAAGUCAUCUGUCUUCUGUUCCUCCCCCAUAGACACAACUUCGGUAGGUACAACUUACACUUAAAAGAGAUACCAAAGUUCUGUCCAUUCAUAAAUUACUAAUCUUGAAAAGGAGACUGCACCAGUGUCCAUCUCACUGUAUGCAAACAGCUACACUUGCUUGAUCAUGACUAAGAAUCAAAAUAUGUUUUUCAUUGAGUUGUAACAGUAAGGUUCUCCUGGCUUUCCCACUUGGAGGAAACCAUGUCAGAAGAGGUGUAAUUUAUAUUAACUUGCAGUCUUUAAAAGAUAGUAGUUGUAAUACUGGAAAAAAAAUGGUUAACACUCUUACCAAUUCUGUGGCAACUACAUUACCUGAGAGCAGGCUGCAGAGCUUUAGAUCAGCCUUUGUUUAUAGCUAAGUUAUAAAUACCUGCUAUGAAGUUAUAAUGUAAUCACUGCUGUAUUUUUUUUUUUUUAACUGAAAUGGAGAGCUGGAAUAUAUAUUCCUGGAGUUGGUUGUAUAUUUCCUUCAUGCACUGAAGCACAUUAAGUCUUGGCACAAGAAGUGGUAGUAAGUGUAUAACUGGAUUGAAUGUAUUUACUAAGUCAUCACCAGCUUGACAUGGCAUCCAAGAUGGCAGCACAGCUUGGAUGAGCUGUUUCAGUAUUAACUAGCUCUGUCAAAGUACCCUGACUUCUUUUACCAUGUAUGGUUUAGUACAUAACGGCUGCAAAGAUGCAUUGCGUUUUCUGUUGCAUACAAAAAGAGGUAAAGUUAAAGCAGUAAAAAGACCUUUUGGUAUGUAGCUGCACAGGACACUUGAUUAAAAUUCAGCGUAAACCUCGAAGUAAGUGUUAGUUGCAUUCUCACCUUUCCUCCUGCUUGGUUCUCCCAUGCGGGCAUUCAAUGCUUUACUUUUUACAUUGCUUCCAGCUGAACUGCUGCAGGCACCCAAGCAGAGCACUAACAGCAUUUUUACAGAGGUCUGGUGCCUGCAGGAAGAGAUUAAGGUUAAUGCAUGUUAAAAAAAAGCUUUACUUGUUCAUGUGGUGCUUUAUUUCUUUAAUAACCCUCAUUCAGAAAAAUCCUACAGUCUUCUGAAGAGUCUUAGUGAAGUAAGUAGCACCUUCAUUCCUUUAAUUUCACAAAGCAGUUUAGGGCACCUUGCACGAUUUAGGAUCAGAUGCAGAAAUGCUUCUAGCACUAUUUCACAAAUGUAGUGAAAAGUCUGCUUUCUAAAAGUUACUCAUCAAAUUUGUCUCAUUGCCUUUCCAUUAAACAACUAUCUACUUUCUAAAGAUGACUUUUUCUCCCCCCUCCUACAGUUAUCGUCAUAAGAUUUAAAGACAAAGCCUGCAUAACAUGAACCUACGGUCACUUCCAUCCUAUUUCACGGAUGUGGGAACUGUAUUAGCAGUUCCACAGCGGUUUCGGCCAAUAUUCACAGAACUAAAUGAAGUUUUUGUUUGUGCAGCCUGGAGCCUCUUAAAGAAUGGGAGUUGAGCAUUUCUCAAAACCAGAAGCAAAAUGAAAAUGUGUAACGGUGCAUAAAAAUCACUAAUAAUAUCAAUUUGUAUAUAUGGAUUUGUAUCAUGGGUAUAUUUCUAAUCUCUGAUUAAACUUGAUGAGAAACUUUCUCAAAUAAGGAUGUUAGAUUAACCUGACAAGCCUCUUAAGCUGCUCUGAUCUCUAAGCUGGUGUAAUUAGUUCUCUUAUUUAUGAUGUUCAAAAACCCAAAGUGCAACAUACUUGAUGUAAAUGCAUUCAGUAAUGUACAUGUGACUGUUUGUUUGCUUCUUUCCCUGUGCAGGGCAAAGAUCUUGUAAGAUCUAAUUAGCAAGUGCGAUUCAAACGUGCUACUGAAGAACAAAUAAAGUGAAAUGUAUCUGCUGGUUUCCCCAA